CAAGUUCGUACCGUUUUACACUUUUGCCUCGGAUAGUUCGAUAAUUGAGCUAUUAUUUUUGUGACACCGGUGAUUUUUUUGCGAAUAUUCCUCCUUUGUUCCUGCCACUUUUUUCCGAUAUGAUUUUCGCGCUGAUUUUCAUAUGGAUUUUCCUCAAAUUUCGAGGAGCCACGGGACUUUUUUCCACCAUUCAGUGUCCGCAUUCAGAUUUUCUCGAAUUUCACAAUUUUGAUCCUCCGUCGUCUCUCGAUUGUGCUUUGUUAUUGUCUUGCAAAGAUCCGUCGCAAAUAGACUCCGCUCAUCCCCAGCCCGAAACGAGAAUGUGUCCGGAGGAGCAAACGUUACUGGACGACGAUUCUUUGUUCGACUGUUCUACAAACGAGCAACACACUUGUCAAAUGAAACUCAAAGUCACGAUGCUUACACAUUUCGACCUUGAUAUCCUUUCGGAAUAUCCUUGUCCGAGCUUGCAAGCCUCUUUGGGUCCAACGCUUUUGCCUGUUUCCGGCAAUUGUUCUCGGUUUUACAGAUGCGAUUGGGGAGCAGCAGUUUUGUUCGAAUGCCCACCAGAAUUGCACUUCAACGCAGAGCUUCAGAUUUGCGACUGGCCCUGGCGAGCACAGUGCGAUUUUUCUUGGAAUACUUGUCCUCGACCAUAUCCAAAGUGCCCGGUUAAUUAUCGGGGUACACUUUAUUUACCUCAUCCAAAAGUGUGUGACAAAUUUUACCAAUGCGAUUGGGGUAUUUCGCAUCUUCAAUCGUGCCCUAAGGGACUCAAUUUUAAUCCUAUACUCAAAAUCUGCGAUUGGCCGUACAAGGCGAAUUGUCGGGAAUGCUGAAUUUAUUCAGACUCUAAAGAUACGUACGAUAGGUUUACAGAAAAAUAUUUAAAAGAGAAAAAACCAAUUUUAUGCAUUUUUUUUAAUCUCAGUAUUGGCAAAAUUUUCGUGUGCCGAUAUCUAAUGAAUUUGCUGGUCAUUUCAACAGCUUUUGUUCUAAAAUUUUUCUCCCUUUUUGCUAUAUAAAAAAUUAUGAGUCCGGAAAGAGUGGAGAAUUUGAAGUAUCAAAAUCUUACGAAGUUUUUUUAUUCAUUCGAACUUAGUAAUUAUUAUAGGUCUGUACUUACGUAAUAA